AUGAACUCCUUCUCCGUGUUUGUAGUGCUGACUUUGGCAGUACUGGCGGUUGCAGAACCUCCAUCGGGAUAUAAUUAUCAACGCGGAGGCGGUGGUGGAGGUUUUGGAGGAUUUGGUGGUGGUGGCGGCGGCUUUGGCGGUGGUGGCUUUGGCGGUGGUGGCUUUGGAGGUGGUGGUGGUGGUGGCUAUCGCCAAGUAGGCUUUGGUGGUCAGACCAGCGAGGGCCAAAACGUAGACUCCCAGCUGCUGGAACAAGUGCGCCAAAUCCUAUUGCAGGAGGAAAGCAAAUCUGGAGGUGGUGGCGGCGGAGGCGGUGGCUAUCCCAGCUCUCCCUCUGGUUCAUAUGGUCCUCCCUCUUCGCAAUAUGGCGCCCCCUUCGGAGGUGGCGGUGGUGGCCGUGUUGUUGGCAUUGAUUUGCAGGGUGUGCGUCAAGCCAUACAGGUGGCCCAAUAUCUUCAACAAAGCACCCAAGCUGGCGGCGGUGGUGGUGGUUUUGGCGGUUAUCCCUCAAGACCCAGUGGCAGCUAUGGUGCUCCCUUUUAGAAGAUGUUCUAGCAUAAUGUAGUUAACAAAUCAAUCAAGGAUACAAAAUACAAUUCAACCAACCACGAAAUGCAGCCAAAUAAUUGAACCAUACCAACAAAGAGAGCCGAUCGAAACCAGCCAAAACGGAUGAAAUUACUUUGCAAUACAAAAAGGACUAAUAAUACCAGAGAACCAUUGAACAGUCACCAUUUCCAUGCCAACCAUUCAUUCCAUCUCCAGUUAGCAGACAAACAUCUCCCAGAACAAGAAUAAAGAAGAUUCAAAGGGAGACUAGAAGUGAUGUUCGCAUACCCAUGAAUCGACACUCAAACUCAUGAGAUCACCCUUUCAACUGUAUGGGGGUAGAUUUUGACAACCGUUUAAACAGAAGUUAGUGUUUUGUUUAUCCAUUUUGAGUUUGUGUUGCCAAUCCAUUUUUGUUAAAAAGUAGCAAAAACUUCCGUUAUUUUCAACAAACAAAAUUCUCUAACAAACUCUCUGUAAGAGAGCAAAA